CCGCUGGCGAGAGGGAGAGAGAGGCCCGCCCGCUCGCCGGUCGGGCCAGUGUGGGCCAGUGCGUGAGGGCGCGGGGGGCCGUGUCAGCGAGACGCAGAGCGCAGCCGCCACCAGCAAACGGACAUGUUGGAGCCCAGCGCCGCCGCCGCCUCCUUUUCCUCAUCCUCCGAACAGGACUGAGAGGGGGCCCGCCACCCUCCGCCUCUGCCGCCCGCCCCGCCGCCUCGGCCUCAGCCUCUUCCUGCCCGGCCUCUGGCUCCACCGCUCGUCGCUUCCCCCCCCGCCCCUCAGGCCCGGCCGGUUCCCCGGCCCCGCUCCGCCGCGGCGCGAGGUCUAUGUGACCGGCGGGCCCGGAGCAGCCGCCGCCGCAGCGCGAACAUGGACGCCGUCAACGCCUUCAACCAGGAGCUCUUUUCACUUAUGGAUAUGAAACCUCCCAUCUCUCGAGCCAAGAUGAUUCUUAUCACUAAAGCUGCUAUUAAAGCUAUUAAGCUUUAUAAGCAUGUAGUUCAAAUAGUAGAAAAGUUCAUCAAAAAGUGUAAACCAGAGUACAAGGUUCCAGGAUUAUAUGUAAUCGACUCAAUUGUGCGACAGUCUCGUCAUCAGUUUGGAACCGAUAAAGAUGUUUUUGGGCCAAGAUUCUCUAAAAACAUAACCGCCACAUUCCAAUAUUUGUAUCUUUGUCCAUCUGAAGAUAAGAGUAAAAUAGUUCGUGUGCUGAACCUUUGGCAAAAAAAUGGAGUAUUCAAAAUUGAAAUUAUUCAGCCUCUUUUGGAUAUGGCUGCAGGAACCAGUAAUGCCGCCCCGGUAGCAGAAAAUGUUACUAAUAAUGAAGGUUCACCUCCACCUCCAGUUAAAGUUUCUUCUGAACCACCCCAAGCCACUACAAACUCUGUACCAACUGUACCACAGUUGCCUAGCUCUGAUGCUUUUGCUGCUGUGGCCCAACUGUUUCAGACAACUCAAGGUCAACAGCUUCAGCAGAUCCUUCAGACUUUUCAGCAGCCUCCAAAACCACAGUCUCCGGCCCUUGACAAUGCUGUGAUGGCUCAGGUCCAGGCUAUCACAGCUCAGUUAAAGACAGCUCCUGCACAGCCACCUGAACAAAAAGCUGCUUUCCCCCAGCCUGAGCAAAAAACUACAUUUGACAAGAAGCUCCUUGAUAGAUUUGAUUAUGAUGAUGAGCCAGAAGCUGUGGAAGAAGCAAAGAAGGAGGAUGCCGCCGCCGCCGCCGCCGCCGCCGCCGCCUCCGCCGCGCCCGCCGCCGCGCCCGCCGCUUCCCCUCCACAGGCACCCUUUGGGUUUCCUGGGGAUGGCAUGCAGCAGCCAGCAUAUACGCAACAUCAAAAUAUGGAUCAGUUUCAACCUCGAAUGAUGACAAUACAGCAGGAUCCAGUGCACCAUCAGGUUCCACUUCCUCCGAAUGGACAGAUGCCAGGAUUUGGCCUUCUUCCUACACCUCCAUUUCCUCCCAUGGCUCAGUCUGUGAUUCCUCCAACUCCACCCGUGCAGCAGCCUUUCCAAGCUUCUUUUCAGGCACAAAAUGAACCACUUACCCAGAAGGCACAUCAGGAAAUGGAAGUAGAACAACCUUGUAUUCAAGAGGUUAAACGGCACAUGUCUGAUAACAGAAAGUCAAGAUCUAGGUCAGCAUCCAGGUCACCAAAAAGAAGGCGAUCUCGAUCUGGUUCUAGAUCUCGAAGGUCCCGUCAUCGACGUUCUCGAUCACGGUCCAGAGAUAGACGCCGACAUUCUCCUAGAUCUCGGUCCCAAGAAAGGCGAGAUCGAGAAAAAGAAAGAGAACGCCGACAAAAAGGCCUUCCUCAAAUCAAACCAGAAACUGCGAGUGUUUGUAGUACUACACUCUGGGUGGGACAGCUGGACAAAAGGACUACUCAACAGGAUGUUGCCAGUCUAUUAGAAGAGUUUGGUCCAAUUGAAUCAAUUAAUAUGAUUCCUCCCAGAGGUUGUGCCUAUAUUGUUAUGGUUCAUAGGCAAGAUGCUUAUCGUGCCUUGCAGAAACUGAGCCGAGGAAACUAUAAAGUGAACCAGAAAUCCAUAAAGAUUGCCUGGGCUUUAAACAAAGGAAUAAAGGCAGAUUAUAAGCAGUAUUGGGAUGUAGAACUGGGUGUUACUUAUAUUCCAUGGGACAAAGUCAAGCCUGAAGAACUGGAGAGUUUUUGUGAAGGAGGAAUGUUGGACAGUGAUACACUUAAUCCAGAUUGGAAAGGAAUCCCCAAGAAGCAUGAAAAUGAAGUUGCUCAAAACGGAGGGGCGGAAACCUCACAUACAGAACCAGUAUCACCCAUUCCUAAACCUUUACCAGUGCCUGUCCCUCCGAUUCCUGUCCCUGCACCUAUAACAGUGCCACCUCCACAGGUCCCACCACAUCAGCCUGGUCCUCCUGUAGUUGGUGCUCUCCAGCCACCCACGUUCACACCUCCCUUGGGCAUUCCCCCUCCGGGUUUUGGUCCUGGUGUUCCUCCUCCGCCGCCGCCUCCACCAUUUUUGCGCCCAGGAUUUAAUCCGAUGCAUUUACCACCAGGUUUUCUUCCUCCUGGACCCCCACCUCCUAUAACUCCACCAGUAUCCAUUCCUCCUCCUCACACUCCACCAAUAAGCAUCCCAAACUCUACUAUCGCUGGUAUAAAUGAAGACACUACAAAAGACUUAUCUAUUGGAAAUCCCAUUCCAACAGUGGUGUCUGGGGCUAGAGGAAACGCCGAGUCUGGUGACAGUGUGAAAAUGUAUGGCUCUGCCGUGCCACCUGCUGCACCCACGAGUCUGCCCACCCCUCCCGUAACCCAGCCUGUUUCACUUCUUGGUACCCAAGGAGUUGCACCUGGUCCUGUCAUUGGGCUCCAGGCACCAUCCACUGGUCUUCUUGGUGCCCGCCCUGGCCUGAUCCCACUUCAGCGCCCUCCAGGAAUGCCUCCACCUCACUUACAGCGGUUUCCUCUGAUGCCACCUCGCCCCAUGCCGCCGCAUAUGAUGCACAGAGGCCCCCCUCCAGGACCGGGGGGCUUUGGAAUGCCUCCACCUCAUGGAAUGAAAGGCCCCUUUCCACCGCAUGGCCCCUUUGUUAGGCCGGGCGGAAUGCCAGGGCUGGGGGGCCCAGGGCCAGGCCCGGGGGGCCCCGAGGACAGAGACGGCAGGCAGCAACCCACCCAGCCGCCGCCCCAGCCCUUGCCUUCUGCACGAAGUGGAUGGUGCCCUCCACCGGGCCCUGGCCCUUCAGCACGCACACGGCCUCCGCCGCCGUCUGCGCAGCCACCGCCACAGCCGUUUAGAAAUGAUAACAGGCAGCAGUUCAAUUCAGGUAGAGACCAAGAGAGGUUUGGAAGAAGAUCUUUUGGAAAUAGGGUGGAAAAUGACCGGGAACGGUAUGGGAGCCGUAACGAUGAUAGAGAGAAUAGUAAUCGUGAGAGGAGAGAGUGGGGAAGAAGGAGCCCUGACCGGGACAGGCACAGAGACUUGGAAGAGAGGAAUAGACGCUCUAGUGGGCAUCGAGACAGAGAGAGAGAUUCGAGAGAUAGAGAGUCUCGUAGAGAGAAGGAAGAAAACCGAGGAAAGGAGAAGCCUGAGGUCACAGACAGGGCAGGUGGUAACAAAACCGCUGAACCUCCCAUUAGCCAAGUGGGAAAUGUAGACACUGUUUCAGAACUUGAUAAGGGGGAGUCUGAGUCUGCAGUUGUAAAAUCUUCUGAAGAGCUACCUGCUGAGGCUACCUCAUCCGUUGAACCCGAAAAGGAUUCUGGCUCAGCAGCAGAGGCUCCUCGUUAGAGACUGGAAUUUGUCAAAAUGUGACAGUGACACUUCUGGAGUGUAGAGCUUGAGGUGUACAGAUGCUGUAUUAUAUUUGCUCCUGCUAUAUCACAGCCCCGCAGUAGUUGGUGGGGUCUUGUAAGCAAUUUGAUUGCUUCCCUUCUAUUUAAAAAUAGCCACAAAAUAACAAAAAAUACUGAAAAUAUGAAUAAAUAUUACCCUUUUUGCUGUAACUUUUUAAAAGUUUUGACUUUAAAAAGUUUACAAAUCGUAAUUAGAAGUGCUCUCUAUUUUUUUUUUUUUUAAUUUAAGACAAGGUAACGGUGAAAGCUCCUCAAAACAAUAGGGAUGUUUUUAAUAAACUCUAUUUUCAUAACAAA